AGGUGAUGGCAGGGAGAGAUGAUAUGAAGUAGCAGUUAGCUCGCCCCACAACCUCUCUCUCUCCCUAUCUCAGUAACUCCCGCUCUGUACCCGCCCACUCUGGGUAUAGUCCCCCACCCCUACCAUCACAGUGUCUACUAUAAGGUGGAGGUCAGGAGGGAUGAUGCUGCAGCAGCUGUCUCGUCUCCUCUCCACGACAAACUCCAGGCAGCAGGUGGCCAUCGUUGUGGCGGUGAUGACGCUCCUCGUCGUUUCAUGUACUGUUGUAAGCAUGGUGGUGCACAACGAAGGACCUGGUUGCCAAGUUUCUGCUGAGAUGACUAAGGACCUGACAGCAACUAAUCAGAGUGUCCCAUUCCUGAUAAUAGUAGCGGAGGCCAGGUCGGGGAGCACUUGGUUAGAAAGCUUCUUCAAGGAGAACGAGAAUGUUCUAGACUUCUUCGAACCGCUCGACGCCAGAGCUUUUUCUUCCGUAGUGGACGCUAGUAAACUAACAGAAGACGAGUACACGGAUAUCAAGCUACAGAUUCUGAGUAACGAGUGUCAGUGUCAGUUUGAUGACGUCAAGUACCCUUCUAUGGGGGAACGAGCUUCUUGGAGCAAGUCACUCCAUAGGUUGCAAGGUUACUUGGACAAAUAUGGUGAGGUGUUACCGCCCUACAGAAAGUCGGGGGGCACGGAGCUGAAAGCAACUCUCAAAGCAGCUACUCCUAAAGAUUUAGGAGCGGUGGAAAUCAUGUGCAGAACCAUGGACAUGAUAUCUGCCAAAGUAAUCAGACUCACUGAUCUAUCAGUGUUGUCCAAAUUACCUGAAAUGGGAUGCAAAAACUACAAAAUUCUCCAUCUUGUCAGAGAUCCACGACCUAUCGUACAGUCUAGAAUAAGCACAUUCGGGGAGCUUCACACGGGGAACUCCGAGAAAAGCGCCAAGUUCUCUGAGAACGACAUAACAGCAGUGGCAGCUGAGAUGUGUUCCACUUACUUGCAAAAUCUCAAGGUUGGACUCAGUGAGGAGUUCAAGCAUCGUUACAGGGUCGUCAAAUAUGAGGAUAUUGCCACUGCUCCUAUUGAGUACGCUAAGUUACUCUACAAGUUCACCGGACUGGAGCUCACUAAAUCUGUGCAGGAUUAUAUCAUAGCUAGUUCCACUGGAGCUGUGGUACAGGGAAAAUACGAGGUUGUUAGAAAUACAGCUGAAGUAGUCGACAACUGGAAGAACGUUAUGGACCCAGUUCACGCCAAACUGGUCGAGUUUCAGUGCCAGAAAAUGUUUAAAACGUUCGGAUACAAAAACUUGUGAUGGGUUUAUAAGAGGGGAUUCUCAAUCAAUUAGGGGACUGGACUCUUAAAAUACAGCUCAAAGAUUUGGAACAGCCAUUUCAUUGAUAGCUUAAAUUUCAUUGAUAUGAAGCUUGAAUGUUUUGUUGAGCGGAACUGGGAUUGUUUUUAAUAUUUUGUCAGAGUCUGGAAACGACGGUUAUUGUAAAAACGUAGAUAUCUCUUCAUUUUUAUAUUUAUGCACAAAUAUUCCGGCGUAGGUGUAGAUCGUUGAGGGGUGACUUUUAUCUUGAACACCAUAACAAAACUGGUUGAUUUGGCAGAAAGUUUUAGUUGUUAUUUUCAGUGUAUUAAAGCAAUUUUUAAACUUAUCUGUUUUUAUUGUGACUUUCAGUUUGAAUUUAAUACAAUUUCAUUUCGAUAAACAGAAUCAGAUGCUAGUUCGAUUAUUGAAAUUAAGUAAUAUUCAGAUUAUAUUCUUGAUAAAACUUUCUUCCCAGAAUUCAUUUUAUUAAUAUUUUUAUCGCCAUCAAGUAAA